AUGUGGCUGAAGUUAGUGCAAGUUCUACUCGGAUUUCUCAUGUUGUUUGACAUUGCGAAUGGACGUCUGCUGAAGUUCACGAAUGUGAAGUGCAUGGAUCUGCCAACAAAUGCGGGAAUUACGAAGUACGAAUAUUGCCGCUUGAAGGUUGUCAGACGGAAUCAUGUGGAACUCUCGCUUAAAGUUGGAUUGCUUAAAUUACCCAUCACAAAUCUGACCACAAGGCUUCAAUGUUUUCAACGCAGCGAUGGAUAUCGUCCUUUCAUGUAUAAUAUUCUCUUUGAUUUCUGCAAAUUGAUGGGCGCUCGACGUUAUCAUAUUUCAUUCGAGAGAUUUAUCUUUGAUACCAUACGCAAGUAUAGCAACUUUAAUCAUAGUUGUCCUUGGAAUGAGGACUAUAUGAGUGUGGAGAAGUUUGCUUUAGAUUUUACCAAGGUGAAUAUGCCGGUUCCGGCAGGAGUUUAUCGCCUCGACUUUACUUUCUACUCCUAUGGCCGACCAUUAACAUUGACGCAAGUUUUCUUUGAGAAAAUAGAAUAAUGUGGAGCGAUCUCGAAACUAGUUGUGUUUUGUUUUUCUUAUGCACUGCAAACCGAUCGUAUUCGGUGGGUUUCAGAAUAAUCGAAUGGAAAUGAAUGCCAAUUCAUGACUGUAUAUUUCAUCAUGUAUUUGAGCACGCGUUCAUCUGUUCUCCAUAAUAAUUGUCUGGGCAAGUUAAAGCCAAUCAAGUCAAUAAACAAUUACUGCUCCCAUACUGAACUGAUCUAACGAUCUUACGUGCUGAUGUGAGAGGCUUGCUCGAAUAAAGGGGCCGGAGUC